CCGAGAUUCUGUGUUGUUUCCAUCAAUGAAAACUUUGAUAAGAGACCCCACCAUUAUUAUCACAGCACAGCACACUCUUCAUUGCAGGAAUUAUCCACUGAAUGGAGCGUGUUGUUGGAUGGGGGUUCUCUCCCCAUGUGAAUGUGAUGCCCCUAAAUCACCCAAUAUCUGCCAACAUACCAUUCUUCAAACCGAGCAGCAAUAUGAUCCCCAAAUAACGCUCACGCGCGUUGCACAAUUCCGUACUCUUGUUUGUUUGCUUGUUACGCUCCACCGCCGGGACAGCUGCGAAUCUCGGGGCCAAUUCAUAUAUAUUUGCCAGGCACAGCCAGCGCCAUUGCCGCCGCCCUGGAGAUCUCUUGAGAUAUUCAACAUAUACCUAGGUAUAAAAGCUGCACUUUUCCCAAUGUAUGCUACUGCGCUUUGUUGCUAUUCUUAUUACUUCUCUUUUAUUAUCCCGCAGGAUGAUUUAGAUACUCGUCUUUCCUUGUUCCCCCCUCUUUCACUCUCUCUUCCCUCCCUAACUACUCUGUACCCGACCUCCACCUGAAUAUUGGGAAGUCGUCCUCCAUCCCUGUGUCUUGACUCUCAGCCAAAUUUCAAUUAGCUUGUACAUUCAUCUGCCCUUGGAGGAAAUUAUGUCCCAAGCGACAAGGCAGCUGAAAAAAGCAGCCCGCAUUAUCCUCGUUGGAGCCCCCGGCGUUGGAAAGGGAACCCAGACUGAACGAUUGAUUAAGAGGUACCCCCAGCUCGCAUCUAUCAGCUCCGGGGACCUUCUUCGAGAAAAUGUACGCAGCAAGACACCACUAGGCCUCAAAGCGGAAUCCACCAUUCUUGCCGGCAACCUUGUACCAGAUAACGUCAUUCUCGACCUCAUCUCCUCCGAACUCACUUCAAAGGGAUGGCUCACCACUGCUCCUCCUGCCGCCAAUGCCACCAGGGCGGCCCCAACCCUAAACCCUACUGCUUCCUUCAUUCUCGACGGCUUCCCCCGCACCGCAGCCCAAGCUUCAUCCCUCGACUCCCUCAUCCCCAUAAAUCUAGUCGUCCACCUCCUCACACCCCCCGCCAUCAUAAUCUCCCGCAUUACUUCCCGCUGGGUCCACCCCCCAUCCGGCAGAGUGUACAACACCCAAUUCAACGCGCCCAAGGAACCAGGCAAGGACGAUGUGACGGGCGAGCCGCUGGUGCAGAGGGAGGAUGAUUCGAUUGAGACCUGGAAGCAGCGGCUGAGGAAGUUUGAGGAGACGAGCCGGCCGCUGUUGGAGCAUUAUGAGCGGCGCGGGUGUCUGUGGCGCGUGGAGGGGGAGACUAGCAAUGAGAUUAGUCCAAAAUUGUUCGCGGAGAUUGAGCGAAGGUUUUCUUAAGGUAUAUCUAUGUAUAUUUCCUUGGUCCUUAGAUUCUGUACUUUUUCUUGGUUGGAUUUUUUGUUUUAACAUUCUUUUUCCUUUUCAUUGGUCGGAUAUAUUUGUUUAAUCCUUACUCGCUCUUGGGAGCGUUCGAUCGUUUUCUUUUCCCAUGCUUCCACACAACCCCCUCGGUUUUCUAUUGGAACUCUCUCUCUCUGGACUUUCAUAAUCCCCAGACACUAUCCUUACAUCAGCAGUUUCAUAGCUGUAUUGUACACUACUACAUGUACAUUAUCCGUAACCACCUAAGCAUUGAUAUGGAGUGAUCAUAGGUGUUCAAUCGUCCUUGUUUAAAACUCGCCUAGGGACAUCAAUCUCUGGUAUCUCUUUUCAUAAAACUACAUACAGAGUACGAUUGUAGAAUAAUGCUGAGGUAAAACCAUGAUGGCAAUAAAUCGCUAACAACGGAAAAGAAGCAUGAAAAUAAAAACAAAAUAAACCCGCAACGAAAGCCAUGAUGAAUAACGACACGAAACUCCAGCCUGCUGACGUAGGAAAACAGAACAUAUCCAGCAGAUAGAUAUAACACAUCUCACAACGUAAUCCCAAACGCUCGUAACCAACCGAAUAUGAAAGGUAGGGGAGGACAUGGCGCAAAGCAGACAGCUUCUUACAGUCCGAUCCUUCAACUCCUUCUUCGCCGUCGGCACUUUGCGAAACGGCAACCAUUCCCACCCAGCCAGCCGGCCGCCCGGGGUAUGGAACAAGCGGAAAUUAUCCCCAUCACCCACGCUCGUGACACGCCCGAAUAUACUGCGUUUAUGGAAGUAGGUUGGUGAGAUGCUGGUCGCGACGGGGAUGCGGCGCAGGUACUUGCGGUGGAUCCGCACGCAGAAUAGGAUGCCACUGGUGAGAAGGAGGGUGGGUAUGAGGUUGCGGGGAUCUUUGAAGUCACCGGCCCAGUCGCGGGUGGCGAGAGAGGCGUUCCAGUCUAGUGCGGGUGGGCGAUGGGUUUGGUGUGGGGGAUUUACUUGGUUGGAGGUAUCUGUAGGAGGGGUGGUGAUGGGAGUAGAGCAGUUGGCGCAUUGAGUGGAGGAGGACGAGGAAUUGGUUUCUCCCACUAUCGGAGUGGUUUUGUCGGUGUUGUUUUCAUUACUGGACAUCUGCCGCUGCGAUCCGGAUGACCAGAACAGCCAUGGCAUGGCGAUUUAUUUCCUUCUCUUGCCACUUAUCUCUGUGAGCGGGAGAGAGCGGGAAGAGGACGGAGUAAGUCGCAGAGAGAGCCAGCUAGCUACCGUUAUAAGCCCGUUUGGUGUUGUGUUGGAGUUGAUGUCACCGCUGUCUUGGCGUUGGGCUGGGGUCUUAGCAAUAGCAGAUCGGGCUCGGCGUUGCUAGGGCAAAACUAAACUUACCCAACACCCACCCAACACCCGCUCAAUCUUCAUCUUUUCAUUCAUCACAACAUGCACUAUGAAGCAGUUAUACAAGCAGGAAUUGAUGAUUUGAAUAUAUAAUUCAUCUCUAA